CUAUCCUUUUAAUAAUAAUCAAUCUGUUUCUCGAGUUCACAGUUGUUGAGUACUCAAUAUAUACAUCAUGGCUUCGAGUUCAAUGAGUUCAAGAAGGUCAACAUGGACGGCCCAAGAGAACAAGCUCUUCGAGAGGGCCUUGGCACGUUACGAUACCGAAACACCCGACAGGUGGCACAACAUUGCCAGGGCCGUGGGUGGCGGCAAGACUGCGGAAGAGUGCAAGUCUCACUUCCAGAUUCUUCUAGAAGAUCUCUACCAAAUCGAGUCCGGCCGUGUUCCCUUUCCCAAUUACAUGCGUUCAUCAUGAUCGAUGAUCAGCUACCGAUUG